AUGGGCCAUUUAAUCACAGUUGCCACCUGUAACUUGAACCAAUGGGCAUUGGACUUUGAAGGAAACAGAGACAGAAUUGUCGAAAGUAUCAGAAUCGCAAAAGAGAGAGGUGCAACGCUAAGAGUUGGUCCUGAAUUAGAAAUCACUGGUUAUGGUUGUUUAGACCAUUUUUUGGAAAAUGAUUUAUAUUUACAUUCAUGGGAAAUGUAUGCAUCAAUUUUGACGAACAAGUCUACUCAUGGUAUACUAUUGGAUAUUGGUAUGCCUGUUGUUCAUAAAAAUGUUAAAUAUAAUUGUCGUAUCUUAUCUUAUGACGGGAAAAUAUUAUUCAUAAGACCAAAGAUUUGGUUAGCAAAUGAUGGUAAUUACAGAGAAAUGAGAUUCUUCACUCCAUGGCAACGCCCAAGACAUGUUGAAAAUUAUGUUUUACCAAGAAUGAUUCAAAAAAUUACCGGUCAAGAAUCUGUUGAUUUUGGUGAUGCUGUUAUUUCUACUCUAGAUACUGUUAUUGGAGCAGAAACUUGUGAAGAAUUAUUCACUCCGAAUGCUCCACACGUUGGUAUGUCAUUAGAUGGUGUUGAAAUCAUUACAAACUCCUCAGGUUCUCACCAUGAAUUACGUAAAUUAAACACAAGAAUGAAUUUGAUCAAAGAAGCAACUACCAAAUGUGGUGGUGUUUAUUUAUAUGCCAAUCAGAAAGGUUGUGAUGGUGAUAGAUUAUAUUAUGAUGGUUGUGCCUUAAUUGCCGUUAAUGGUGAAGUUGUUGCUCAAGGGAGCCAAUUUUCCCUAGAGGAUGUUGAAGUUGUUUCAGCCACUAUAGACUUGGAAGAUGUUCGUAGUUAUAGAUCAUCAAUCUCUCGCGGGUUACAAGCUACUUCAAAUCAAGCUUACAAGAGAAUAAAGGUACCAAUUGAAUUAUCACCAACUUCAAUGGCCUUUGAUCCUAAAAUUGCUCCAACAAAAGCCCAAGAGAUUUUUUAUCAUACACCAGAGGAGGAAAUUGCAUUAGGUCCAGCAUGUUGGUUAUGGGAUUACGUUAGAAGAUGUAACGGUGCUGGAUUCUUCUUACCAUUAAGUGGUGGUAUUGAUUCUUGUGCUACUGCUGUUAUUGUUCAUUCAAUGUGUAGAUUAGUUGCACAAGCUGCGGAAAGUGGGAACGAACAAGUCAUUUCAGAUGCUAAAAAGGUAGCAAAUGUUAAAGAUGAAGAGGCUAAAGAUUGGAAACCUACUGAUCCUGUGGAUUUUGCUUCAAGAAUUUUCCAUACAAGUUAUAUGGGUACUGUUAAUUCAUCUAAAGAGACCAGAUCAAGAGCCAAAGAACUCAGCGAAAAGAUUGGUUCGUAUCAUGUUGAUCUGAAUAUGGAUACUCUAGUUGCUGCUGUUGUUAAUGUCUUUGAAGUUGCAACUGGUAAAAAACCAAUCUUCAAGAUUUUGGGUGGAUCUCAAACUGAAAAUUUAGCAUUACAAAAUAUUCAAGCUAGGUUACGUAUGGUUUUAGCUUAUUUAUUUGCUCAAUUGUUACCAUGGGUUAGAGGUCGUCAAACUGGUGGCUUAUUAGUUUUGGGUAGUGCAAAUGUUGAUGAAUGUUUAAGAGGUUAUUUAACAAAAUAUGAUUGUUCAAGUGCUGAUAUUAACCCAAUUGGUGGUAUUUCGAAAACUGAUUUGAAAAAAUUUAUUGCCUAUGCAAGAGAUGAAUUUGGAUUACCGGUACUACAAGAAUUUUUGGAAGCAACACCAACUGCUGAAUUAGAACCUAUAACUAAAGACUAUGUUCAAUCAGAUGAAGCUGAUAUGGGUAUGACGUAUGAAGAAUUAUCAGUAUUUGGUCGCUUAAGAAAAGUCCAAAAAUGUGGACCAUAUUCAAUGUUUUUGAAAUUGUAUCAUGAAUGGACACCAAGAUUGACACCAAGUCAAGUGGCUGAAAAAGUAAAAAAAUUCUUCUUUUUCUAUGCAAUUAAUAGACACAAGCAAACAGUUCUAACACCAAGUUAUCAUGCUGAACAAUAUUCACCAGAUGAUAAUAGAUUUGAUUUACGCCCAUUUUUGAUUAAUCCAAGAUUUGCUUGGGCUUCCAAGAAAAUUGAUGAAAUUGUAAAACAAUCAGAAAAAGGCCAAACUGAAGAUUUAGAAGAAUUAACAGUUGAAUAA